CCCUGACUCGUCGUAUAUUUCGCAUUGUGGUUGUGCGCCAUAUUGGCAGUCUCCUCCAUCUCCCAACAAGCCUUGAGCAUGCAACAUUCAAACCGGUUGGGGAAGAGAAUACAAUAAUUUUUUAUAUCCAGAACGCGAGCUGAUUUUAAUCGCCAUGGAGGCUGUGAAGUCUUUUAACAAUGAGCUGUACUCGCUCAAUGAGUACAAGCCUCCGAUCUCCAAGGCAAAGAUGACCAAUAUCACCAAGUCUGGAAUCAAAGCUAUAAAAUUUUACAAGCAUGUUGUGCAGAGCGUGGAGAAGUUCGUACAGAAGUGCAAACCAGAAUACAAGGUGCCCGGGCUGUACGUUAUCGACUCCAUUGUCAGACAGUCGCGGCACCAGUUUGGCAUGGAGAAGGACGUGUUCGCCCCGCGCUUCAGCAAGAACAUCAUCGGCACCUUCCAGCACCUUUACCGCUGUCCCUCGGAUGACAAGAGUAAGAUAGUGCGAGUCCUCAACCUGUGGCAGAAGAAUGCCGUGUUCAAGAGCGACAUCAUCCAGCCCCUGUUGGACAUGGCGGCAGGGCUGCCCCCGCCCAGCGUCACCCCGGUCAUGGCCAGCAGCACGGCGCCGGCCAACAACGCCACACCCGGUACCCCAGCCACCCCGGCCACCCCCGCCAACAUAGUCCAGGGUCUGCCGGACUGGGCCUCUCAGAUCUCCAACACAGACACCGUGGCUGCCGUCGCCCAGAUCCUCCAGAGUCCCCAGGGACAACAGCUGCAGCAGCUGGUGCAGAGUCUGCAGAUGCAGCAGCAGAAGCCCCAGCCGUCCCUGCUGCAGGCGCUCGACGCGGGCCUGGUGGUCCAGCUGCAGGCGCUCACGGCCCAGCUCACGGCCGCCGCCACCGCCAACAGCCUCAACCCCCUGGAGCAGAGGGUGACUUCUUUUAACAAGAAACUUUUGGGCCAGUUCGACUUCGGGAAUGACUCGGACCGCAGUGAAGAUUCCAAAAAGGACACUUCAUCUCAGAUGCCCAUGGUGUCGGACUCCAUCAACAACUCCCUGUUCCAUCAGCUGGCCGAGCAGCUGCAGCAGCAGAACCUGGAGCAGUUCCAGAAACAGCUAAUGGAGCACCAGCAGAAGUCCAUGAGCAUGGAGCCGCAGGACUCCAUCUUUGGGCCGGAGAACCCGGUGCCUUCUGUCCAGAGCACUAGCCAGCCACAGCUCCCCGAGGCAGAGAAACUAGACGACUCCAUGGACAACCAGCAACAGGACAUGGACAUGGAUCUGGACGAGGGCCCAGAUGGAAUGGAGGAGGAGCUCUUUGAGACGGAAGAGAAGAAGGCUGCGAGCACUCGCUCCAGGACGCGCUCCCGGUCACGCUCCAGGUCUCCAAAGAGGAGGCGCUCUCGCUCGCGCUCCGGCUCUCGGAAACGGAAGCACCGCAAGCGCUCGCGGUCGCGCUCCAGGGACCGCAAGAGGAAGUCGUCUCGCUCCUACUCCAGCGAGAGACGCGCCCGCGAGCGGGAAAAAGAGAGGCAGAAGAAGGGCCUUCCCCCGAUACGCUCCAGGACCCUCAGCGUGUGCAGCACGACUCUGUGGGUUGGCCAAGUGGACAAGAAGGCCACUCAGCAAGACCUGACCAACCUGUUUGAGGAGUUUGGCCAAAUCGAGUCCAUCAACAUGAUCCCCCCCAGAGGCUGUGCCUACAUCUGCAUGGUCCACCGGCAGGACGCCUACCGCGCCCGCCAGAAGCUCAGCACCGGCUCCUUUAAGAUCGGCUCCAAGGUCAUCAAGAUUGCCUGGGCGCUGAACAAAGGCGUGAAGCAGGAGUACAAGCAGUUCUGGGACGUGGACCUGGGGGUCACCUACAUACCCUGGGAGAAGGUGAAGCUGGACGACCUGGACGACUUCGCAGAGGGCGGCAUAAUCGACCAGGAGACGGUCGACGAUGAGUGGGAGGCGGCCAAGAACGCGGAGCCUGUCAAGGAGCCCCCGAGCCAGGCCGUGAGUGUGGAGCCCGUGGCUGCUCCGAUCCAAACCCACGCCGAGACCUACACCCAACAGGUCACCAUGAUGCCUGUUCAGCUGCCAGUGCCCCAAGCUGUUUCCAGUGCAGUGGGCAUGGUGCCUCCAUCCUUCCCCGUCUCCAUGGGGAUGCCGCCACCUGGCUAUGGACCCCCACCACCCUUCAUCCGAGCGGGCUUCAAUGCCUCUCAGCCUCCCCCAGGCUUCAUGACUGGAGCUCAGACACCAGGCAUGUCCUCAAAUACAUGUAAGUAUUCCCGAAUAUCGCGUGAUAGAAACGGGCAUCACGUUGUUGUUCAGCCGGUGAAGCCCAUCUUUACUUGUGCCUUUACAGUGCAGUCGUCGAUGACCUCCGGCCAGGAUAAUGUCAAGGACUCUCUGUAUGGAGGCAUGAUCCCCCCCACCAGCAACAUCUCAGGCAACUACAUGCCCCCGGGCCUCCCCGGUACGGGCGUCUUCAACCCUCUGGGGGUCCCUCAACACAGUGCCAACGACAAAGGACAUCAGUCGGCCGACGCCAUGGAGUCCGCAGCAGAACUCGCCCUGCAAGGCAUGCAGAACGCGGUGCGCAGCGGAAUGGGUUUGUUGGGCAUGCACCCGGGCACCCCCCUGGGCCACCCCCUGCACCCCGCGGGCCUGUCCGGACAGCGGAUGCCCGGCCUGCUCCCCAUGGACAUGCGUCCCAACCUCCUGCAGCCCGGGGCGGCCGCCCGCUUCCCCCUGCUGCUGCAGCAGAGCCUGAACCAGCAGGCCAGCAGCAUCCUAGAGGCCUCCCUCCAGGCCCAGGCCCGCGCCAGGGCCCCCUUCGCCCAGAUGGACCCCUUCGGCAGGGGCCUCAACCCGCCCAGCGACGGCCUGCCCAAGGCCGAGGAGAAGUCCGGGGCUGACGAGGGCAAGGACCAGGACUACCGCUUCCCCCCGCCGGAGAAGCAGAGCACCGGCCUCCUGAGGACCCCUCCCCCGGAGCAGCGCGAUGGCCCGGGCAGCGGCGCCGGAGGGGGGGGGGGCGGCGGCGGUGGGAGCGGAGGCCAGGGACCAGGGGGACCCAGGCCCGCCCUGCUCCAGACCCCAGGGACCCCGGGCCCCAGGUCCAGCCUGGUGGGCCGCCUGCAGGCCCUCGCGGGCUUCACCCCAGACAGCCGCUGGGGCCAGACCAGAGGGGACUUUGACGAGCGUGACAGCAUGCGGGGUCCCCCCCCGCAGGCCCUGGGAGGCCCGCCGGCCCCCGGAGGGCCCAAGGGCUUCCCGGAGGAACGUCCGAGCCCGGGCCAGAACUUCCCCAGCCGCUUCGAGGGCCGCCCCAGUACACCGGCCGCCGCCGCCGGCUCCGCUGGGAACUCCGGGUCGGCGGGCGCCGCCCAGCCCUGGAGCCGCGGAGCCGCCGUCGCCCCCCCGGCGGCCGCCGCGCCCUUCGAGAGCGACCUUCACCAGGACCUGGACGAACGCCGGCGCCCGUGGGACCGGCAGCGUGACCGAGACGAAAGAGACUUCGACUUCAGGAGGGAGGUGAACGGGAACCGCCACGGCCGCGACAGAGAUCGGGAGCGGGACCGGGACAGGGAGAGAGACACCAGAGACACCAGAGACACCCGAGAGAGAGACACCAGAGACCGGGGCCGCGAGCGCCCCAGGGAGCGCGAGCGGGACCGGGACAAAGAGAGGGAGCGUGAGCGCGGGGGGUGGACGCCUCUCUUGCCCCUGCCGACGCCCCUGCUCCCCACCCCGUCCCUCAACCCCAACCUGGCCCUGAACCAGGGCAAGAUGCUGGCGCCCCUCAAACUCAACCCCCAGCUCCAGACGAGGUUCCAGUCCAUGCUCCUUCCCCAGACUCCUGGCAAGCUGCCUCUGCCCCCGCAGCUCAACCCCUCACUGCUCGGGAGUCCCCCCAAGACACCCCCUCCGGCACUGAACCGGGGCGCCCUGGCCGCACCCCGGGCUGACAGCCCCAGCCCACCUCAGACUCUCUGCCAGGCCAAGUCCCUCGCCCCGGCCCGGUCCCCUCCCCUGGCCCGGUCCCCUUCCCCUCCCCCAGCCCAUUCCCCAGCCCCCGCCCAUUCCCCACCUCAAGCCCAGUCCCCCGCCCCAGCCCACUCCCCAGCCCAGUCCCCCCCUCCAGCCCAGUCGCCAGCAGAGACCAAGGCCCUGAGCCCGGCCACCGAGGCAGCGCCAGCGUCCCCUAGGCCUGUGACCCCUCAGCCCCAGACCCCUCCGUCUCUACGGUCCCCUACUCCAGAUUCGGUCCAGUCGCCCCCGGAGCGAGCGGCCUCCCCUCAGGUAGACUCGCCCCCAGAGGCGUCCUCCCCGCUCGCCAUCUCGCCGUACCACUCCCCGGACGCCUGCCUACCAGCCCCCGGCUCCCCCGGUCAGAGCCCCGACUCUCUGGAGGAGCAGGACGAGCCCGGCAGCCCGCCGGCGUCGCCCCCGGGGAGAGCCUCCCCGCCCCAGGCCCGCUGGGCCAACGGGCUCGCCAUGGACCCCUUCUGCGUGGCCGACCCCACGCCCGAGGCGUCCCCCGACAUCUCGCACCAGGGGGCGCCGUCCCCUUCCCUGUCCCACUCCCCCAACCUCGUCAUCUCCCCAGGCGGCCCGCGGUCCAGCCCCGAGGACGCCCCCAGCGACCCGGAGGACGACGACGCCGAGGAGGAAGCGCCGACACCGCCGCCGCCGGAGCAGCAGCAGAAGGGGCCGCUGGCCUCCCCUCAGCACGUAGACAAUGAACAGAGUGAUGCGGUGGAGGGAGCUGCGAGUCAGCCAGUGCUAGACACUGACACAGACACUGAGGGGACAUAAUCAUCACUCAGUAGGUAAAAGAUCAUUUUGUAAAGUUGUCUCUUCUUCUCUGCACUCAUGUCCAGCAAACCACCCCCCCCCCCCCACCCCCAACCCCCCUCGCCACACGGGACAUGGCGGGGGCACGGCACACAUCCGUUGUCGUCUCGAGAAACGAUAACAAUAACAAUAUUCUAUCUCUCACAAAUACCUGUGUUUUUAAGUAAACGGCACGCUAUUUUAAUGGGAGAUCAUUUUGUAUUUUAUGCUUCCCCCCUCCCCUCCCCAUCUUUUUUAAGUUGUAUUGCCACCACAUUCAUUUUUAGUAAUCAACCAUUGAUGAAUUUUAAUCAUUUUUCAGCCCAAAUGUAUUAAUUGUAAUUGGGGCGGCGGCAGUUUGGCCUUCCUAUGGAAGAAAGUAAGUAACCCUGGCUUUGGAUUGAAUUCAGUCCAACCACGAUACUUGAAACCACACUGGCUGCCCCCCGUUUCCCCCCUGCUCUUCUUUUUUAAAAACACUGCUGCAAGGUUUUAAAUGAGUGCUUUGUGUGCUGCCCUAUAAUGCUUCCUGUUUCCAAAGCCAAACCAAUAGCCUACAUUCAGUGAUACUGGUACAGCUGCUUUUGAACCGGGGGGAGGGGGAACAAAUACACUUAAAAAGAUGGAAGCCGAUGAUCGUUGUGUCUCCCGCAGCUACAAAUAAAUGUCUUUGAUUUGUUUCAUAUACUUCACCGGAUUUUAAAAAGCAUAAACCGAACGUGCCCCGUUGGAGGAAAGACAUGGGGACAUGGAUCUCUGGGGGGGGGGGGGGGGUUGUGGAUGUUGGGUGCAUAUUGUUUUAGUUUGAAAUAAACCUGCUUUGUUUGUUUAAACACUUGCUUUAGGACUGUAUUUUCUGACCCAGGACCAGUGGAAAACUAAGACCCACUUAACAGACUCUCAGUGUUUUGAUUUGUCCUUCACUGUUUCGAACAACCCUUGAUUAUUUGCCGUUUCUGUUGUUGUUGUUGUUGCUCAAAUCGCUGCUUGAUCCUCCAUCCACAAGGCUUGGAUGAAACCACGGGAUAUAGUGCUUAGUUUCAAACCACUCUGGCUUGUUCAUCCCCCACCCCGCUCUCUUUCUCUGGGGACGGGGCUGUGCCUUUCAUUUGUUUUUGUGUGGAGUUGUAGUGUUCAUGACGAAGCCGCCACAGAACUGCUGCGUGAUAUUGAACUGUUCCAGACCACAGUGUGGACAGACACACCACUGCCCCCUGUCACGUCCCCAUCCCUGUCCCCCUCAAAACAACCGGUGUGAACCGUAGCCAUUUGUACAGCACUAUCCUGUAGUAGAGAACAAGACCGCCUAUACUCCAUAGCUCUGUGCAUGCAGGCCUGCAGCCAUGUUUUUAAAAAGCCUUUCUGUCUCCUGAACAUUUCACACCGCAAGCUGGUCUUCUGUUGACCCGCUGCGGGCAAACCCUAGUCUGCUGUCCUGUUAGACCAAAUGAUCACUACAGGAGAUGUAUUGUUGAAUAAAGUAUAAAGGUGCAA